CUCAGAAAAACACAUCAGAGAGCACGUCAAGAAAGAGAAAGACAGAUUUUAGGAAGUGGAAAAUAACACACAUUCAGUAGAGUGAAAGAGAUCACAGGGGAAUUUGUGGAUUAAUUUGAACAGCAAAAUGAUGUUGUUGGAGUGUUUCAUCUUUGGGAUGAUUGCCUUUCUUAUGACAGGAGCUCACUGUGAGGUAACAGAGGUCUUUGCUGAGGCAGGCUCUCAGGCUGUACUACCUUGUAAAUGUAGCUCCACAUCACCUGUUCCCUCUGCCAUCAUCUGGAGUAAAGCCAACAAAGGCACUGUUUGGCGGAAGCAAAAGAGCGGUCUGCAGUACUGGGGGUCUAGCUGGGCACAGAAAGGGGCCUCGCGCGUACGAUGCCCCCACUCCCUAUUUGAAAAAGGCGAUUACAGCCUGCAAAUCAACGAUGUGAGGGAGGAGGACGGAGGCCUUUACUCCUGCAGCUUGGAGUGUGGAAACCAGGUCACUGAAAAUAAGGUCAUGCUCAGAAUCAUUACAGUAUCCGUCUCUCCAUUGAUUCCUGUAUGGGGGAGAGAUGUUUCAGUCACUUGUAAUGUGACUCCUUGGCCUAAUGGGGCUGCUGUCCAGUGGAUGUUGAACAAUAGCCCAUUUGCACGUCAAUCUGGGACCACCUUAAGAACAGUCACUCCUCAAAAUGUUGUGAAGGAGAGGGCAACUGCAAGGCUAACAGGAAACUGGACCUGUUUGGUGCACUACAUGUGGAAAGAGGGGCAAGCUUCAGCAUCUCUGUCUGUGAAAGGAAUCAUCCAACCACCCGAUGACAACACCAAGGUGUACGCUGCUGUGGGAUCUACAGUCGCACUCCCCUGUGUCUUCUCCCAUGAUUUAGUCCCCUCCUCACUAGUCUGGGAGAAACUGCAACCUGGGUCUCGAUCUAAACCUGUUUUCAGUCGCCUUCCUCCCUCUUUCUCUCAAUCUCAGCCCUCUCAGCUGCCCUGGGAUAAGUCUGCCAGUUUGAAAGAGGUUGAAUUAAAGGAUGAGGGCAAGUACAGAUGCUCUGGGACCAUACAAGGACAAAGACUGGCUAGAAAUAUGCAACUCAUCGUCGCCAAAAUUGACAGCAGCCUGUCGAAGAAAAAAGACUCUGUGACUCUGACUUGCCAACUGUCCGACGCAAGUGAAGUCACUGACUAUGAAUGGGUUCAUGUGACCUACGACAUCAAUGGCACCCAGUCAGUUGGGUCCAUCCAGAAGGGGAAGACUCUGAAUAUUGACCAGGGGUCUGAGGAGAACUGGGGGGAAUGGACAUGUCGGUUCUCCAGCAAAGUUGGCGUUCUGGGAAACGUAACAUACCAAGUUCAACAGAUGAGUGGUCUGAGUGGACAAAAAUCAAAAGGUUUCUCACAUAACACCGCCACCGUGGUUGGGCUCAGCUUUCUUCUCCUUGUUCUGCUGCUGAUUCUGGCUCAGAUGUAUAAGAACCACCAAAGGAGGAAAAGGAUCCUUCAGUACCCUGCGUUGGAGACGAUUGUUCACACCAUCUCCAAUGAGCGGGAGGAGAGAGAAAGGAGCCGAGUGAAAAAAUAAAGACAUGUUAAGGCAGAUGCAUCGCAGGAAGAAAAAAGUGCUAAAUUGAAAUCUGUCAUCUUCAUACCUGCAAUAUGUUGGGAGACUUUUGUUUGCACAGGUUUUGUAGAUACUUUAAUAGCAGACGUUGUAGCAGUACUGUUGUCAUUGUUUUAAUAAAAAUAUAACUGAGAUGUUAUAUGUUAUGUUACCCUUGUUUCAGCUGUAAAUGUUUUUAAUUGUUCUAUGUGAGGAUUUGUUUGCAUGUAUAUUAUAUUGGGAGCAAAAUGUUUUCUAAAUAAAGUGCAUUUAACAGAAAUAAA